CUCUGAGCCACAUUUACAAUUUGACCACACAGACUUACUCAUUGAGAGGUGGCAUAUGCCCUUACACUACAGUGCACAAAGUACCAACCUCUGAGGACACCUGUGAUUGCAGAACAACUUUUAGCACAGCAGAAGUUUAUAUGUAUGUAGUCUACCAGUCUUUGUGGUUAUUUGUGCAGCCGCCACACCUCACCCCUUAUGUCUGGUUUCAGAAUACGGUAAAUGUUAUGCACCUCCUCCCACCCACAGAUAGAGUCCUUCCUCAUCUCACUCAUGAAGGUACUGUUGCUAUGAUGUGCAGGAAGACAGAGUGAAAAGCCAACCUUUGAGUCCAGGAAAUGGACAUCUGGAACAAAGUGAUCAACUUGCUGUUUCUUAUAGCUCUCAUGGCAACAGUGACGUCUGCUCUGAGCGUUGUGAUCACGGAACCACCCCAAAGGACAGUGGAAGCUCCUCUUGGUUCCUCUCUGAUCCUCAUCUGCAGUUUUGAGCCCCAGACUAGUGCCUGGGUGAGGUGGUAUUUCAACAUAAACCAAUCAUGCGGUGAUUCUAGUUCCAGUCAACUUUCCUCCCAUAAGAUAUCGGUCAACAAGACUGUGGAGCAGAACGAUGAAGGUCAUGUCCUUCAGGAGUCUGGGAGAGCUUGGUCCAGACUGACUGUGAGAAAUGUCCGGUACAAUGACAGUGGGUGGUACUUCUGCCAGGUUUUGGCAGAUAUCCCUUACCUUAGAAAAAGUAACAGCAAUGAAACUCAAGUUAUUAUUACUGGCAAGACGACAGAGAGUACCCCACCAUUGAUGACAGUAACUUGGUCUCCCCACUCCAAUGAGGGUUUGCUUCUAGGCUGGAAGCUGUGGGUAGCAGUGGGAGUAGCAAGUGCCAUACUGGUUUCAUUGCUAGUGGUCAUCUGGAUCUUACUACAACGAAGGAGAAGCAUAAUACAAAGAGAUAAUCCUAUCUAUACCAAUAUGCCUGCAAUAAAACAACCCUCUCCACGUCCAGGACUACAGAUGGACAAACAGAAGAUUUCUCCCACUUUAAAAUAUAUCAGGACCCCAACUCCAGCCAGAAACCACGACAACAAACACAUCAGGAUCCCAAUUCCACACAGUGCAAAUGACAACAAACCCCUCACAGAGACCCCGAAUCCACCUAGAGCCCAUGAUGGCAAACAUCUUCCAACUCCUGCCAGGGCACAUGACCUCAGGACCCAUGACAGCAAAUAAAGCUUAAAACCUUGACUUUUUAUGAUUCAUAUUUCCUAUCCUGAAUCUUCCAACAAAUCAAACUAUCUCAGCAAGUAAUUUAAUCCUGUAAGUGUAGUGCAACUCUGUCCUAUCUUACAGAGCUAUCACUUCAGUAUUGUUUUUGGUUGCUGUUAAUUAAUUUUCCAGCAGAUGGCAUGCUAUGGUAGCCUACUAAAUUAGGAUAAAUUAUCGUUGUCUAAAUAUUAUUCUCAGGGUCAUUUAAAAAGUUACCCCAGUUCAGUAAAGCAUCAUUUAGUAAUAAGGAAAAUAAGUGCUAUUUUCUGGAAGGUAAUUUGUAUAGGUAGCAUUUGUAAAAAGACUUUGAGCAACACAUAUUGGGCUUGAAACAUAUCUAUAGCUGUUUAUAGUGCAUUCAUAAAAUUCCAUAUUUCAAUCUUUUCUUGUAAUGGUAGCGCAUAAAUUGUGAACCAAUAAAGUAUGUG